AUGGGAAUGAAUUUAAGAUCACUGACCGUUUCGGAUAAAUUAUCAUUACUUAUAUUACUAUGUUCAUUUGCUACAUUUGCUGUUUUAAUUCCAUCAUUUAUUAUGAAUUGGUAUUCUAUACUUGGAACAGUACAAGAUCCAAAUGAUGAGACCAAUGCACAAGUAAAAUGGUUACAAUUCUCAUAUACUAAUGCACAGUUGUACGAGUACCCAACCGGUGCCAGAAAAGGACCUGCAACAACACUCCGCGAGAGCAACAUGAAGAAUUUGAGUAGUCUGAUGGGUGUAUCGUUGGCAUUUAAUAUUGUAGCUUGGGUGAUUUCCAUUAUCAUCAUUAUUUCAAUCUUUAUCAAUCGUGUCAUUGGAUUCAAACAUUUUACAUUUGCCUAUAUCCAUAAAUAUUUACUAUCAGUUGCUUUCCUAUUGGUUGUCAUUAGUGCAUUUGUUGUAAUGAGAAUACCUGGUGCCAUUAAAGAAGAUUGUAGUUAUCCAAAUGAUAAAACAAAUGAUAUUGCAUCAUUUAUCUGUUCUCUAUGUAUUAAUAAUACUUGCGAUAAAUAUCCAUACGGUGUUGGAAUCAAUUCAUCUUUUGGGUUUGAAAUUGGUUGGAAUUUUACAGUCUCUGUCGUACCAAUUGUUCUAAGUGGAGCUAUUGCUUUAUAUUUAACUGAAGUAAACAAAGAUAAGAAAAAAUAA